CAAGAGUUGUAUUGUACGACCAAAAAGGUGUAUGAAUCACGUGCGUGUCACGUGAGUGAAAACAAACAAACCGGAAAUGGUCAGUCGAGUCAUCGAGCGAGCGAAGUGCGUCUGGUUUGGUGCCACCUGAUUAGUUAAUUCGGUUAAUGGCACAUCUAAUGGGAAAUGCAGCCCCACUUGUCCCAUUUUUUAAAUUUCACGCCAAAGUAAAUUACAAUUUACCCACUCAAGUUUUACUUAAUUUCUCUUUUGCCCCUUUGUCUCUCCCAAAGACUCAGAGUAACCGCUCUUCUCUCUCUCUUUCUGUCUCUCAAACAUUUCAUGCUCUUCCUCGGCUCCAUCAUCAACUUCCCCAAACCCUAAUCGCCAAAUGGCCUCCUCGCCGGACCACCAUCUCAACGGUGACCCCAAAACCCACAUCUCAAAAAAACCCAAACUUUCCCUCAAUUUCAUCACCGCCGCCGAAAUCGCCGCUGAAUUUUCCCACCACGACCAGAACGUCGCCCGGAUCAACAACGGCAGCUUCGGCUCCUGCCCGGCCUCCGUCAUCGAAGCCCAGCAGCGGUGGCAGCUCAAAUACCUCGCCCAGCCCGACCAUUUCUACUUCAACGAGCUCCAGAAGGGCAUCCACCAAUCCAGAACCAUAAUCAAGGAGCUCAUCAAUGCAGACCACGUCGACGAGGUCUCAAUCGUCGACAAUGCCACCACCGCCGCCGCCAUCGUGCUUCAGCAGACGGCCUGGGGGUUUUCUGAGAGCAAAUUCGACAAAGGGGAUGCUGUGGUGAUGCUUCAUUACGCUUAUGGCGCCGUGAAGAAGUCGAUUGAGGCGUACGUUACACGUGCCGGCGGGUAUGUGAUUGAAGUCCCUUUGCCUUUUCCUUUGAAAUCAAAUGAUGAAAUUAUCGCUGAAUUUAAGAAAGCUUUGGAGAGAGGGAAGGCUAAUGGUAGGAGGGUUAGGCUAGCUGUGAUUGAUCAUAUUACUUCAAUGCCAUGUGUGGUUAUACCUGUUGAAGAACUAGUUAAGAUUUGUAGGGAAGAGGGUGUUGACCAGAUUUUCGUAGAUGCUGCUCAUAGUAUCGGGUGUACUGAUGUCGAUAUGAAGCGAAUUGGGGCGGAUUAUUAUACUAGUAAUUUGCAUAAGUGGUUCUUUUGCCCGCCAUCUAUUGCGUUUUUGUACUGUAGGAAGUCCCCCAAGUGUCCAGAGUUGCACCAUCCUGUUGUUUCUCAUGAGUAUGGUAAUGGGUUGGCUAUAGAAAGCGCUUGGAUUGGGACUCGGGAUUAUAGCCCUCAAUUGGUAGUGCCUUCGGUUUUGGAAUUCAUCAAUAGGUUUGAAGGCGGUAUUGAGGGCAUCAAGAAGAGGAAUCAUGAGACCGUUGUUGAGAUGGGGCAGAUGUUGGCCAAGGCAUGGGGAACGCAUCUCGGGUGCCCUCCGGAGAUGUGCGCCAGCAUGAUCAUGAUUGGGUUACCUGCUUGUUUGGGGAUCUUGAGUGAGAAGGAUACUCAAGAGUUAAGGACACAUUUGAGGGAGAAAUUUGGUGUUGAAGUUCCGAUAUAUUUCCGACCACCCAAGAAUGGGGAGGUUGAGUCAAUAAAUGGGUAUUGUCGAAUUUCUCAUCAAGUGUACAACAAAGUUGACGACUAUUACAAGUUCAGAGAUGCAAUUAAUCAACUUGUUUCUGAGGGGUUCACUUGUGCCCAACUUUCUAGCUGAUGAGUUAAAUCUUGUGAUGAAUCCAAGUGCUCCUACAACCAUUUCCAGAAGUUUAAUUAUGGUUAGCUGGCGUUUCUUGAUUCGGUGGUCAAGAUAUUUGCUUCAACUUGUAGUGGCUGUGGAAGUUGGUUACUCCUCCCACCUGCCCCCUUUAGAAUGUGGUGAUAGAACAUGUUUACAUCCAUGGAAAAACUCAAUGUAGUAUGAAUCUUGUAGAUUAACAGUUCUGUUGUGUAUAUGCCCGAUGCAUAUGCAGUUUAUGAUAUGCAAGGAGGGGGCCUUAUUUUGUAUUAUUUGGUACCAUGUUUUAAUUAUUAAUAAAUUGUUUUUUGACAUGUA